AUGCAGAAUGCAAUUAACAAAGACUUUGGCAUGUCACUUGGAUAUCAAAUGUGUUAUAGAGCCAGGAUGAAAGCCAAAAAGCUAGCUCAAGGCAGCUAUGAGGACCAGUACAAUUUGUUGGAAUCAUAUGUACAUGAGCUCAAGAAGAGGAAUCCUGGAACAUCAGUAUGGAUACAAACUGAACUUGAUGGGGAGAUAGUCAGAUUCAAGAGGAUUUACAUUUGUAUUGCUUCUUUGAAAAUGGGGUGGAGAGAGGGAUGUAGGCUAUACAUUGGGUUGGAUGGCUGCCACUUGAAGACUGUGCACAAAGGUCAGCUCCUCUCUACAGUUGGAAUAGAGGGAAAUAAUGGAAUAUAUCCAAUAGCAUGGGUUAUUGUGGAGGCAGAAAGCAGGGAGAGCUGGACAUGGUUUUUAGAGUUUUUGAAGGCAGAUCUUGACAUCCAUCACUCAGGACAUUAUACUUUUAUGAGUGACAAGCAAAAAGGCCUUGAGCAGGCCAUUAAAGAGUUGUUUCCAGAUGCUUCACAUAGGCAUUGUGUAAGGCAUCUGCACAACAACUUCAAGACUGAUGAACACACAGGUUUGGAGUUAAAACAAAAACUGUGGGCAGUGGCCAGAAGCUGUACCAUGAAUACUUUUAUGGAGGCAAUGGAAGAUUUGAAGAACAGCUCACUUAGUGGAUGGCAAUAUUGGUGCUUGGACAGACCUGCCAUACAUUGGUCAAAGUCACACUUUGACCAUAAAUUCAAAUGGGAUGUAUCUGGCCUGCCAUGUGGGCAUGCAAUAGCUGCAAUCUAUUCAAAAGGCAUGACAUCUGAUGAUUUUGUGGAUGCAUUCUAUAGUAAGGACAUGUAUAUGAAGGCAUAUGAGCCUAUUAUGCAUCCAAUAACUGGAGCGAAGGAGUGGGAGAAGAUUAACAAACCAAUUGCACCACCUCUGUAUAGGAGGCAGCCAUGGAGGCCUAAAACAGCUAGGACAAAGGAACCAGGUGAAGUAGUCCCACCUCCUGGAUUAACAAAACUGCCUAAGGUGUAUUAUAGUCAGGUUAGCUGUGGGAUUUGUAAGCAAAAAGGUCACAACAAGAGGACAUGCCUGAAUAGAAAUCAGGCCCAAGCUCAACAGAAUGUGCAGCCCCAAGCUGCUGACCCUAUGUAG